CUGCAUUGAGGACAACGGAGCUUGAUUGCUGGAAAAAUAAAAUAAAAAAAUAAAGGGAACAAAAUGGCCAGCCCGAUGGAUUUCUUUGAAAUGUUAUUGGAGAACAGUCUCAACAAUGAAGGCGCACCGACUGUUCCUGGAGAUAACAAUGGAGACCCAGGAGCGUUCAUGAACCUUACUCAAGGGCAAUAUGAAACCCUCAUGGCGCUUUAUCGCGAUGUGGAUCCUGACCUUGCAACAAAAGUGCCUAUCUUAUACCCUGAACUGGCACGCAAUUUUGCGAAGCACCAUGAGGAUUGCCAGUCAGAGCUAUUCAAACUCAGAUGGGGCCCAAAGAAAUAUGUAAAAGAGCUGGAGUAUCUAUGGGAGAGCCUCCACAAAGUCGGUCAAGAAUUUGCCAACAAUGAAUGCGAUACCGAAAAGACUCGCAAACGCCUCAAAUUGAAGCCACCGGGUACUCCAAUGGAUCAGCUGAAGAACGUCGAAGAAGUCAUGGACCUUGGCAUGCUCUAUGCAUGUUUGUCUGCUAAUUCAAAUGUGUCUUUAUUGACUCUGCCUCACUUCCGAGAGGGCAAGGCCUAUUACGACUACGCAAUCGAAAAAUUUAAGCAUUCAUGGGCGGCAUUGCAAGUAGGGUCCCUAUACAUGGCAGAGUUCAAAAAAUUCAACAGGAAACAUUGUUUGGAAAGCGAGGAUCCAGAACGGAUAGCUUUUGAAUAUAACCUUAAGGCGGCAGAGCUUGGUAACCCCACGGGUAUGUACAGAGUAGCCAAGUAUUACGAAGAGAAGCUAGGUAAGCUAGAUAAAGCAAUGGAAUGGUACGUCGAAGCAGCUAGUCAUGGCUACCCAGACUCGGCCUACAAGCUGGCAAUGCUCUAUCAAGAGGGUAGACCUGAUGCCACCCCCAAGGUAGAGGUUGACCUUGAUAAGGCGAUUGGUUAUCAUAUCCGUGCCCUGGAAUAUGGAUAUGGUGCGUCCGGAACUGAGCUUGGACGUUUUUUCUUCCGACUAUCAACUGAUGAUGAAUUCCGUCAACAGUUCCCUACGACAAGUCAAUAUUAUUCUUCGGACCCAAAGAAAUACUUGGAGAUGGCGAUUACACAUUUGAACGAGUCAAACCAUCUGCUGGAGGUCGAAUCGCUUCAAUUACUAGGAAAAAUCUACAGUACAAAGGAGUACGGACGAUAUGAUAUUGAGAACUCUCAGAACUUGUAUGAGCUGGCGUUCAUAUCGGCAAACGGCAGUGAAAAAUCUUAUGAACUCCUUUGCAACAUCCUUCGAGUCAAGAAAGCCGGCAUGCAAGUAGAACCUCAGCAAGUAGACUCUCUGGGACUUCGGAAAUGCGGGGCCCGGGGCUGUGAAAACAAAGAGAUAAAAAUAGACCAGUUCCAACGAUGUGCUAAAUGCAAAAAGGUGUUCUACUGCUCGCGCAACUGUCAAGUUGAGGAUUGGAAGGCGCGCCACAAGCUGCACUGCAAGAAGUGAAAAAAAAUACAAAAGGCAUUUUAUACAUGUCCCUUUAUGAAUAAAAUGUAU